GAGCGCGUUUUAUGUUGUAGAUGUUUUUACCAUAAUAAUUCCCGAAGAUUUCAAGGGCGAAUGGAGGUAUUUUCAAAAUUUGAUCCUUCGAAAUCGAUAAGCACAGAAAUUCUCUAUAGGACACGAUAUCUAUGCGCAAAAUAUCUAGGAGGGGCAUGGAAUCGGCUAACACUUGAUCAAUUCCGGGUCAAAGCUAUUACGGGUGGUAUGUCCAAUUUGUUAUUCCUCGUCGAACUGGCUCCUAAUGUCAACACGGUUGGUAUGGAAGCUCGAAGAGCAUUGCUUCGAAUUCAAUGCCAAAGCGAUCUCGACCAAUUGCUUACAGAAUCCGUCGUCUUCACAAUGUUAUCAGAGCGAAGCCUUGGCCCAAAGCUGCUUGGUGUGUUUCCCGGUGGCAGAUUCGAGCAAUUCAUUCCCAGUCGGCCGCUCACAUGUCUCGAAAUCAGCAAACCUGCGGUCGGGCGACUAAUUGCUCCGAUGUUAGCACGGGUACAUACACUUGAUGUGCCGAUCACGAAAGAGCCUGAAGUGAUGAAGUGCAUUCGUUCGUGGGUGACCAAAUUCCGUCAAACACCCGGAGGCUCUCGACCAAUCCACCUCUACUGCACAGCAGCUCAUGUACCAAAAGAAUCGUUUCCUUCAAUAAUCACAUGUGAUGACCUCGAGCGAGAGCUACAAUUUAUCGAAGAAUUUCUUGUGAAGAGUAAAAGCCCUGUGGUGUUCUCCCAUAACGACCUACAGGAAGGGAACAUUCUUCUGUUUGACGAGUACAAACUGAAUGACGAUGGUUGCAUUAAGCCUCGAGUUGAUGGAGACCAUGAAUCCGAUCCUUUGGUAUUGAUUGAUUUCGAGUACUGUAGCUAUAAUUAUAGGUUAGUUUUUAUUUCCUAUCUACCUAUUGUUCAGACAUCUAGUAUCAAUGAAAUGCAUGGUUGUUGGAAGCUCAAUUUCACUCAUGGCACUUUGGGCAGUCAGUAA